AAGUUUCGCCUGCCAGACGAAUCACAGAUCACUAUACAAAACUACAUACUCUUUGAUAUAAAUAACUAAAUAACCAAUAAAUAAUAAAGUAUGCCAGAUGUGGGUCGAAUUCUUUGAGUCAGUGAAAAUAGUUUUAUGAAAUAAUUUUCUCAUUUCUUCCAAUAGUUUUUCUUCUAAAGUUUAUAUCCUAUAAUUAAUGGUAUUUGUGAUUUCAAAUAACGAUUGAAGAAGUGAUUUUGCGGUUAUCCUGAUGACGCGAUGACUCCGAAAGAGCUCACUGCUCUGCAGUUAUUAUAGUAUUUAUUUUGGUAAAUUGUUGUUACUUCGCUUAUUCUAUUUAGGAAUUGCGAACUUUAAUAAGGUUUAAUUGUAAAUAGUCAAUAAAAUGCACUGGUUUUAAUUUUGAUAAUCCUAACCAAAUGGAGAAUCAAAAGGGUUCAUCCGAUGGGGAGGAUAUUCCUAGUGAUUUUUUUGAUGAUUUUUCUAAAGAUGAGUUCAUAGAAGGUCUCAGUGUGGUCGAUAGUUGGGACGACACUGAUAAGAAGCUGCUUACCACACGAACACGAAUCAGCGCGGAAGACUUGAACAAAGUUGACGAUCUACGGGAUCUCAUAGACAAAAAAGAAGAUAAGAUUAUUGUGAAGGAUAGGUUCCGUUGGAGACGAAUUGAUCCGCAGUCUCAAAGCAAAAUCACAACUGAACAACGGCGAUCAGGCAGCGCUAGCCGACUGGACAGCUACAUCAAGCCGGGCAGCCGCCGCGACCCCAGCAAAACUAACGAAGCCAUCAAGAAGGACAAAGAAGAAAAAGUGAAAGAAUACUUGGCCAAGCAUCUAGAGUCGAGCGAUGACAUACGUCCACCUGGAACAGAAUUGGAUGAUUUCUUUGAAGCUAAAAAAACAACAGAACCUAAAAAGCAACCCUCUGAAGCAAAAUUAAUCAUGGUGUCACCACCCAAGGAACGGCCGAUGAAAAAUCGUCGGGAAUCACCUGUGAAGCGUAGGGAAACCAGAAGGGAACCACUUCCAUCGAGACGGCAUUGGAGUCCACGACAUCCUCACGGUGUAGCACACAGUCCGCGUAAAAGUCCACGGCGCAGUCCUCGGCGGAGUCCGCGUCGCUUCAGUCCCCGCCGCGCCAGUCCGCGGCGCUUCAGUCCCCGACGUUCCAGUCCUAACAAGAACAUCCGCCGAAACCAGCGAAUGAGUCCGCGCAGGCAGGGUCCAAGCCUACGCAAGGCCCGCAAAUCGAGAUCGCCAUCGAAGCACUCGUACCGGCGGUCCCGUUCACGCUCGCCGAAUUUCAGAGAUCGGGAGGCCCGUCGACGUUCAAGGUCACGGUCCCGAGAUCGCAGGCCCGAUGAAGACGAUUUCCUUUAUCCUAAAGAUUACUAUCCGCCUGAAUUUGCCAUAGCAAAACCAGAAAUCCAAUACCCAGGUCCCCCCAUGCCACAGUACACGGAACCUAUGAUUGUGGAAUACCCAGGAGAGGUGCCUCCAGGCUUUCCUUAUCCACAAGCUGCACCACAAUACAGUGGGUAUGGAGCUCCAUAUGAGUAUCAAGCUCCACCUGUUGCACCUAUGGUGAUGCCGGCUCCCCAGCCUGUUCCUGCGCCCAUCCUCCCCCCCGUCAUCCCUGCUCCAGGAGAUAUGACUCCUGGUGUAGCCCCUGUCAUGGUGCCAGCCCCUCAACCGAUGACUGCUCCAAUGAUACCCAGCCGAUCUAUGACCCCUCGGCGUUCAGAACCUGUAAAAGCACCACCGGCCGAUGCUUUGGCAAAAUUAGUAGCAGACGGAAUAUUGUCACAUGAAGAUUACCUGAAGCUGGCACCAAAUAAAGGUGUUAGCCAUGUCCUGGAUACUCCAGCAAAGGUGGCAGUUUUGAAUCGCAUCAACACAGCGUUAUCCAAACUAGGUAGUCUAACAGUGCCAGCCCGAUUGAUAAUCAACAACAACAUGAUAACAGCUGGAGGAGAACAGAAGCAAGCACCUCCAAAGUUCUGCUCUCCGUUGAAACGACAAGCAGCCAUGGAAUUUCACUUUACCAAGACGGAUUCCGCAACGGUCACACAACGGAACAAGCAAGUGGUCGAGCUCGUAGUACGCUCAUUAAAAAUGGAAAAUUUGCUUGGAAAGCCCAAGAAGAAACCUAAAAAGAACACAAAGGAUGCAGAAACUCAGACAACGAAGCCGUUCUGUGAUGUGUGUGAAAUUCGUGACUCUACAAGUUACAAUGAUAUAGGGACAUCUAUUGAUCGUGAACAAAUUUUUUCCACAGUUCACACUCAGGUGGUGGAACAAGAUCUGGUUAGUUCUAAGACAGUGUUCAACCCCAGUGGCAGCAUAGCAGACGGUGCUCCCAUCUCCAUAGCUCACAUGACUCCGGCUCAACUGGUGUCGCAGCUUGCAGCUCGAGCCAAGACCCUCAAGCAGACUGAUUCUGCACCUUCCAACCAGUACAGGAAUCCUCACAACAGCUACGACUAUGAAGGCCGUAGCGGUGGCAGCCAAUAUCAACACCAUGGAAAUAAUUAUGACUAUAGAUACUAAAAUAUAUUUAUGGAAUAAUUUUAUGAGUAUCAAAUCAAACAUUUUUGUUGAUCAAGUCAAAAAAUGUAUGAAGAUUUUAGUUUGCAUUUCAGUAGGGAUAUACUGUGUAAUUGUUUUGUAAGAUUUAGGUCUUAGGUCACAAUGGUGCUAAUUCUAUUGUACACAAUCUCUAAAUUAAAAUGAAUGUAUAAAUGAUAUACGUGUAUAAUAGUAGCACCGAUGUGUUAUCAAUAAUAAUCUGUUACAAAAUAGUAGGGACUUUUGCUUUGAUUCCUAAUUUUAAAUAAUUGAAUAUAAUUUUGUUACAUGUAAGAACUUUAUUAUGAGAAAGCUCAUUUUGUAACUUCUGUAAAAUAUUACUUUGUCGUCACACUUGUGAAAAUCUACAAAGGUGUUGAAAAAGUAUUGAUUUUUAAAUAGAGGUAACUAUUUGGGUUAUUAGAAAAAAAAUAUUGUAAUAAUAGUGAAGAUUUCUGUUAGCCUAGACUGUAGUUUUGUUUGUGAGAAAUUCUCAAGACAAAACUACAUAUUUUUCAGAUUUAUUGAUACUUGUAAGUAUUUUUUUUCAUUUGAGUUUGGAUUCUUGUAAUACAUAUUAUUUAAAACGCACAAGAUUGUGACAUUCCAUAUUAAAGGAUUGAUAUCAUCCAAUGUGCUGGUUGGUUUGUAAACUUGUGGAAGUAUUGAUGCCAGUCCGAAACACAACACAACCUUUGAGUUACUUGAAAUUGUACUAAAAAUUUGUAAAUUAAAAUAUAACAAUAAGGUUUAUAAUUUGUACCUAUAUAGGUACUAAGGCGCAAGGUACGCGUAUAUAAUAUAGCCGAGGUGUGGCGUCUUUCUUGAUAAGAAAGUCAAUUUAAGUUUUAUUUUCUUUGGCAUAAAGGUGGCGGCGAACGUCCUUCGUGUUUUGUUUUCAUUAUAUCAAUUUCAACCUUAAGGAAUAGUAUGUAAAGCUGAUUUCAGGUAAUUAUCAAAAAUAUUCGAUUCCACUUCACUCUGUCUAUUUGUGCUAGCCCUUAGAUACUGCUGUUAUAGGUCGCAGGAAAUGUAAAGGUCUGUUGAAAGUUGCAUAUAGUUCUUGCAUUUCAUGAGUGAGCGUGGCUCAUGCUUGUGCAUAAAGUCAUAUCGCUAUAAGUAAAGUAAAUAUGUGUGCUUGUGAGCGCCUGAUUGUCCGACAGGCACGCACACUUACGCAAUGUGCGUAACCACAAAGUGCGCGCUCGUGAAUUGCAAGAAUUAACAAAUGAUUCCUCAUUCAUGUAAAUAUGGGAUGGAAUGUUGUACACCCUCACACCUGUAUCAUGUCAAAGUUGCAACAUUCAAGCUUUCAAGUGUAAAGUGACCUGUAACAAUGCAUAUUAAUGGAUAAUUUUGUAAAAAAAUCAAAGAUGCUGGAUUUUUGAUCAGAAGUGGAUUCAAGACUUCAGCCAUAGUUGUGCAGGAUCAUAAUGGACUCUACAUCACGUCCCACCGCGCACGGGACGAGAAAUGGACCCUACUUCACGGCCCGGCGGGUGCAGGUCCAGAAAUGAACUCUACACCACGGCCCAUCGCGUGCAGGAAUAGAAAGUGACCUCACUCUACGGCCACCGCGCGCGGGACGAGAAAUGGACCCUACUUCACAGCCCGGCGGGUGCAGGUCCAGAAAUGAACUCUACAUCACGGCCCAUCGCGAGCAGGACCAGAAAUAGACCCCACUCUACGGCCCAUCGCGCGCGGGACGAGGAAUGUACUCUACUUUACGACCCGACGGGUGCAGGUCCAGAAAUGGACUCAACAUCACGGCCCAUCGUGUGCAGGACCAGAAAUAUACCCUACUCUACGGCCCAUCGAGAGCAGCGCCAGAAAUAUAUGGAUAAGUUAGCAGAGCUUCGAACAACUAUUCUGCAACAUAUCAGAACGACGGCAGAUUCAUACAUUUCUUAUUACAAAGAAGAACUUUCUGGAAGAAUACCUACACGAGCUUACUGGAAUGCUGCCUGCUGGUUGCUGAUACAGCUUACGACACAAAAGUUGAAGUGAACUGUGCAGUUGGUAGUUGAUUUUAAUACCUGUGAUGUGCGAGGGUCUCAUUCAGUAUUGUGCUCGAACCGUUUACCACUAUUUUUCAACUUUUGUAGAGUAUCUACGCUGUACCUACUUAACGAAACGAGAUUUUUUCUUCAAUAAUUUGUUAUGUAUAUACCUACUCGUGCUUUUAAGAUAAAUAAAGGGAUAAAAACUA